AUGUCCUCUCCCACAUCAUCGCAGAACAUCUUGUCUACAAACAAUCUCUCAGUCCUGCCACCCAUCCUCACCGAUGGGACGGUAAAACGGUCAUCGACGCAUCCGAAGGAUCGGCUCUCUACGUAUUCCAAUGUCUCAUUUGCAUCACAAAAUCCCUGCCAUAUGCUCUUGUGCGAGGACUUCGCCUACGCGUCCACCCACCCCCUCCAUUACGGGCCUCCCCCUCCUCGCGCCUCCGGAGUCUCCACACCAGCAAGUGAACAUCGACGGCUCUCCGAUCCACCACCUUCGUGGGAUAUAUCUCGUGGAUGGUCAACAGGCCAAUCGGGCACGGAGCCUCAGACUAGCCAUGUUCACCAACAGUUGCCAGCUAUGUCCUUUGGGGAUGGGCCGCCAUACAGCGAGGAUGAAGACCUGCAUAGCCCAGUUGUGACCUCGCGUCAUCGCAAGAAGUCUUCUGACAUGAAUGGUCUUGUAGAUGAGAGAGUCAUGUCCGGAACUGGUCAGGCGGUAAGCAGUGAUCGUGGAAUGCUCGUUGGCAUCAACCCCGAUGGCAGUGAGACUUAUUAUGUAAAUGAUGGAGACACGUCAGAUGAUGGUCCAGGUGGUGAGUACGUGACAUAUCCGGCAAAUGAAGGGCGGUAUUCAAUCAUGGGAUACAGCGCCCCGGGUGGCCAGCACGGUUAUGAACAUGACCCUGGAUUCGAGUCCGAAGAUGAAAUGCCCGGUGGAAACCGGUACUCUAGAGACUAUCAGUUUGCCGUUGGCUGCCCGGAUGAAGAGAUGCAUGGAAAGGCCGUUGCACUCUUUGACUUCACACGAGAGCAUGAGAAUGAGCUGCCUCUUACUGAGGGCCAAGGGAGAAUGGCCUUGUCCCGGGAGGAGUUUGUGCGUCUUCUGAGAGACAUCGAAGGAGGUUUGACGUCGCUGAAUGGGGAGCCGAACCCUGAGGUCAUCGGGACCGCAGACGUCAGCCUAGGCUCCACCGAGUCUGACCAAAUAUCUACGCCUACCCAGGUAGAGCAGCAGCCCCCGGUAGACAUGAAUGCUCAGUCUGGAAUCAAAGCCACCAACGGUAAUACCCCGGCUGCAGCCUCGACGGAAGGUGCAGAUGCAUCUCAAUCUGCGUCGGAUACCGUGAUCCCGAACGGUAAAGCGGCGGAGGACGAUAAGCGCCCUAGCACCUGA